UGUAGUGCCGAAAAACAAGAGAGCUCCUCUUUUUUCAAGUAUCGCCCUGUUGACAGCACGUUUUCCUUAAACAUUUCAUAUCCAAUUGCCGAGGACAUGGCAGAACAUGGCUGGCUCGGAUCCGACGACGACUGUCUGCUCAUUGACUAGGAGCCCGUCAUAAUCGCUCUGGACGAUAGCACCGAUAGCGAGCAGAAACAGUCUGCGGAAAGCGAAACAGAGCAUCAGGUAGAAGUCCAGGCAAUGCAGCACUUCAGCGGCCUAUUCUUUCGCUAUGAUUUCGAGAAGGAAAUUGAGUUUAUUCCCAUCACCGAUUGGCAGUUGCGGGAGCUGCAAGACAUAGUGACAGGCCCAGACAAUGCUCCUCUUAUCACCAAAUAUUCGCUUACAAUCACUAAAAAGGAUAUUCGCACACUGACCGACCUCAGCUGGGUGAACGGCACAGUGAUCGAUUUCUAUAUGAAUCUGCUCAUCGAACGUUCGCAGCAGAAGGAGGGAAUUCUGCCCAGUGUCUACAGCAUGAACACAGACUUUCUGAAACGCGUCUUCGAGUUUGGGUUCGAUGCUGUGAAGCGCUGGACGAGUAAGAUUGAUGUGUUCAGCAAGGACAUCAUUCUAGUGCCUGUGCACUGCAAUCUUAAUCAUUGGUGCAUGGCCAUCAUACACUUGAAAAAUAAGACUAUCUUCUACUACGAUUCGCUUGGAGAUCCGAGUGACAUCGCCCUGGAUGUCCUUCAGAACUACAUUAUUGCCGAGUCGCUAGACAAGCGCAAGGUGCAGUACGACAUGAGCGGCUUUAGGAUUGAAAAUGUGUUGAAUGGUCCGCAACAAACAAACGAAUCAGACUGCGGUGUGUUUAGCUGUAUGACAGCCGAGUAUAUAACUCGGGGAAAGCCGCUGACAUUCAAUCAGGAGCACAUGAGCUAUUUUCGUAAGAAAAUGAUACUGGAGAUUGUUCAUGGGCAGCUGUGGAAAUAG